AUGGCUUCUUCCUCCUCUUCUGGGUUUGCCUAUGAUGUUUUUCUUAGUUAUAGGGGUGAAGACACUCGCAAAACUUUUACAAGUCAUCUCUAUGCAGCUUUACAAAGGAAAAAUAUUACAACUUUUAUGGCUGACGACACAAUUACCAGAGGAACUGAGAUUUCAUCAAAUCUAUUGAAAGCUAUUGAGCAAUCAGCGAUAUCGGUUAUUGUUUUCUCCGAAAAUUAUGCCUCUUCCAGAUGGUGCCUUCAAGAACUUGAAGUGAUAAUUAUAAACAAGAAAAAGCGUGGACAGAUUGUAAUACCGGUUUUCUAUGGUGUAGAACCGAGCGAAGUGAGGUGGCAAGCUGGUUGUGUUGGGAAAGCAUUUGCAGAGCUUGAAAAUCAUUUCAAGGAGAAGUUAGAGAGAUGGAAGACAGCUUUGUCAGAAAUAGCAAACAUAUCUGGCUGGAAUUCAUGUGUCGUUCGGCAUGAAGCAGUACUUGUACAACAGAUUGUCAAUGACAUUUAUGAAAAACUCAAUUAUCUAUCUCUUGUUAAAGAAAAGGAACUGGUUGGUGCGACAAAACAUAUAGAAAAAAUUGAAUCUCUCUUAUCCAUUGGAUCGAAAGACGUUUUCACGCUGGGAAUUUGGGGCAUCAUUGGUGUAGGGAAGUCGACCAUUGCUAGUUUCAUUUACCACAGAAUCUAUGAGGGGUUUGAGAGGUAUUGCUUCAUUGAUAAUGUUGGGGAACGAGCAGAGAGUAGUGAUGGACUAAUUUCACUGCGCGAAGAAAUUCUGUCAACAAUAACACUUGUAGACAGAAACUCUCCGACUAAUGAACUCUUCUCCACGAAGGAAAACAAGAAGGUUCUCAUGGUUUUUGAUAAUGUGACACAAGGUGGACAGGUAGAAUUUUUAAUCGGAGCUCUUGGUUGUUUUGGUCCAGGAAGUCGAAUCGUUAUAAUAACCAGAUAUGAACAAGUGCUGAACGAAUGUAGUGUGGAAAAAGCAUAUAAGGUUGAGGGUUUAUUGCAUGCUGAAGCUCUUGUGCUUUUUAAUUCGUAUGCCUUUGGAGAUCAUAAUCCCGGGGAACGUUAUUUGGAGUUGUCAAAAAAUAUAAUGGUAUAUGCUAAGGGUGCUCCCUUUUUUCUUAAAAUUUUGGGUUCCUUUCUAUCUGGAAAGAGGCCACAAGAUUGGGAAAGUACAUUGAAUAUACUAGGGAGAACUCCUAAUACAGAUUUUAAGGAAGUAUUAAAAAUCUGUUACAAUGAUUAG